AUGCUCGCGGCUCAGAGCAGACAAAAGAGUUAUGCUAAUCCAAAGGGAAGGGACAUUGAUUUUCAGAUCAAGGACAUGGUAUUUCUCCGAGUAUCACCGAUGAAAGGCAUUAAACGCUUUGGUAAGAAGGGAAAGCUUAGCCCGAGGUUCAUUGGACCUUUUGAACUCCUUGAGAGGAUAUGGCAAGUAGCGUACAGGGUGACUAGGCCCCCAGUGCUGCCAGCUGUACAUGAUGUGUUCCACAUUUUGAUGCUUAAGAAGUAUAUCUCAAACCCGUCCCAUAUUCUUAGUUAUGAAGCAUUGGAACUUCAACCAGACUAA